GUUUGUUUCUUUUUCGUUUGGCGGCUGGUUAAGUGAAUGCGGAUGGUUUUAGUUUGGAAAAAAUUAUCGGUAAUCUGUUAAAAUAUAUAUAAUUAUUUCAAAUUGAAGUUCCUACAUCAUCAUAAUCAAUUUUAGAAAUUAUGGACUUGCCUCAAAAAAGGAAACGAAAACAACGAAUUAAAAUAGAAAGUCAGAAUAGUGAGGAUGAUUCUGUUGUUGAUAUCUCUACUGAUGAUGAUGGGGAUUAUGUUCCAUCUCCAGAAAAGAAAAAAGCGAAAAUAGAAGCUGCGAAGAAGGAAAAGAAGGAACCAAAGCCAAAAAAAGAGCCAAAGCCUAAAACCGUUAGAAAUAAAACAGUGGCCAGUAAAUCCAGAGGUACAAAAAAGAAGAAUUCAAUAGAUGCUGCUGUGACUGAUGGGCCAGAUACAGUAAUAACAGAAGAUGUUAUUCCAUCUUCAAGUUUAGAUCAUGAUGAGGAUGAUGAAUUGAUGCCUCAGCAAACAAAAAGUGAUGCAGAACUAGAAAAAAUUGUUGCCCAAGCUGUCCAAAAAGCAAAAGAAUUCUGUGAACCUUGGCGUGAAGAGGAAGUGGUUGCAGAGUCAUGUGAAGUACCUGUAGAAUGUGCUAGGAAUGUAAUGAAGCUUUUAGACCAAGAUUGCACAAUACCUUUCAUUGUUAGAUAUCGGAAACAAAUGACUGGGGGUAUGCAAGCAGAGAAACUUAGAGAAAUACAAGAAUCCUAUGAUGAAGUAAAGCAAGUUCAUAAGAAAGUUGAAACUAUUCUGAAAACCAUAAAACAUGAAAAAUUUGAUGAAACUGUAGCUGCCUCAUUUUUAUGUGCCAAAACACUGGAUGAAGUUGAGCUGUUGUAUGCUCCUUUCAAACCUGGUAGUAAGAGAACAUUGGCAGAGCGAUCCAAGCAGUUGGGAUUAGAACCAUUAGCAUUGCAAUUGCUAGAACUGAAAACCUCCCUAAGUCAAAUCAAUCUGCAAUCUUAUAUUAAACCUGUGAAAGGUUUAAAAACAGAGGAAGAAAUCCAUUCCGGUAUUCAACAUAUCAUUGCUGAUAAAAUAUCAAAAGAGAGAAGAGUGCUUGAUUUUCUUAGAGAAAAGAAACAUCACCCUCAGAUUCGCAUUCUAGGCAGUAAAUCUCCAACUGCUGAAAAGAAUGAUAAAAGAGCUUAUGUGGAAGGAAAAUCCACUCAGAAUUUUAAAUAUGAAAACUAUUAUAAUCUGAAUAUUCUUAUCAGUAAUGCUGCUGCUCAUCAGAUUAUGGCAUUAAAUCGUGGAGAGAAACAAAAAGUUUUGACAGUCAGAAUUCAAAUUCCUUUUUGUUUAAAAAAUGAGAUUAAAAAUUUCAUAUGGAGCACUUUUUUCCCUCAGACAUUAGAUUUUAAGACACACAAGUUCAUGGAAAUAUGUGUGUCAGAUUCUUAUGAGCGCCUUAUUGAACCAUAUUUGUGUCGUCAAAUUAGGUCAGAUUUAUCAAAAAAAGCUGAGAAGGAAUCUAUAAAUGUUUUUGGAUCUAAUGUACGUAGUUUGCUACUCACUCCUCCGGUCAGAGGAAAAACAGUGAUUGGCAUUGAUCCAGGAUUUUCUCAUGGUUGUAAAGUGGCAUGCAUAUCAUCUAAGGGGGAAGUUUUAGAAACUAGUGUAGUUUAUCCUCAUAAUAAAGGUCCAUCUUAUAACAGGAAUAUCGAUGCUGAGAAACUUCGGACGAUGGUUUUUUCUUAUGGUGCUGAAAUCUUUGCCAUUGGAAAUGGAACUGCAUGUCGAGAAACAGAAGUGUGGCUUUCUAAUUUGAUUCAAUGUGGAGCUUUUAAUCCCCAUCAUGUUAAGUACUGUAUUGUGAAUGAAAGUGGUGCUUCAAUAUAUAGUGUUACAAAAGAAGCUGAAGCAGAAUUGCCUGAUAUGGAUCCAAAUUUAAGGAGUGCAGUUUCUAUUGCCAGAAGACUUCAAGAUCCCCUUCUAGAAUAUGUUAAAAUUGAGCCAAAACAUUUGGGAGUUGGGAUGUAUCAACAUGAUGUUCCAGAGUCACAACUAAAAAAGGCUCUUGAUAGUAUUGUUGAAGAAUGUGUGAGUUUUGUUGGUGUUGAUCUUAAUGUUUGUCCAGAAAUUUUGUUGAGAAAAAUAUCUGGUUUAUCAGCAUCUAGAGCAAAGCAAAUUGUUGAGUGGAGAAACAAAAAUUCUUGCUUUAUUAAUCGACAACAACUGUUAGAAGUGAAAGGCCUGGGACAAAAGUCAUUUGAACAGUGUGCAGGGUUUGUAAAAAUACUUCCAGAGACUUGCACAUCUGCUGGUCUUGCUCUCUCAAGUCAAGAAGUGAAGAAAAAAAAAGUUGCUCCAUCAUCUAUGAAUCCUUUAGACAGAACUAUCAUUCAUCCAGAGUCCUAUGAUGUUGCUGAAAAGUUUCUUAAAGAAUUAAAGGUUGAUCCAGAAAAUAUUGGACAACAGAUUUUAGUUGAUAAAGUGACAAGUUACAUGAGAUUUACUCGUGUUGAAGAUUUAGCAAAUAAACUUUCUGCAUCUGCUGAAGUCAUACAGUUGAUAAUUGAUGCAUUUAAGCAGUUACAGGAUUAUGAUAUAAGAAAAGAAUUUGAGCAGCCUCUCUUUCAAACUUCAGUUCGAAGCUUUAAUGAUCUUCAAAAAGGACAGAUUCUAACAGGACGUGUCAAUAAUGUUACUGGUUUUGGAGCUUUUGUAGAUAUAGGUGUUGGAACAAAUGGCCUUAUUCAUGUCAGCAAAAUGAUGGGACAGAAAUUAAGUGUUGGAGAUAAAGUAACAGUUUGUGUUCUAGAAAUAGAUGCACAGAAAAAGCGAAUAAGCUUGGAGAUUAAACUCUGAUAUAUGAUUAAAAAAAGAUGUUAUCAUUUCAUUUCACUGUUUCCUGGAUCCAGGAAAACUCCAACAUGAAAAUCAUCAAGAUAUUGCAUUUUUCAUCCAAGUAAUGUUAAAGAUUGAUAUUUUAUUGCAAUAAA